AUGACAGGUCAAAUGCCAAGACUUUCUAAGGUCAAUCUUUUUACUUUGUUCAGUCUCUGGAUGGAGCUUUUUCCUUCGGCUGAGCAACAGAAAAAAUCACAGGUAAAGAAGAGUGGUCUAGUUGUGGUGAAAAACAUGAAGAUUAUUGGUCUUCAUUGUUCCAGUACAGACUUGCAUGCUGGCCAGAUUGCACUCAUUAAACACGGAUCAAGACUUAAAAACUGUGAUCUCUAUUUUUCCAGAAAACCAUGUUCAACUUGUUUAAAAAUGAUUGUAAAUGCUGGGGUGAACAGGAUUUCUUACUGGCCUGCAGAUCCUGAAAUCAGCUUGCAGACUGAGGUGUCCAAUCCCAUGAGUACUGAUGAUGCGAAGCUAGAUGCCAAAGCAGUAGAAAGACUGAAGUCAAAUAGUCGUGCUCGUGUGUGUGUGUUGCUUCAGCCCUUGGUGUGCUAUAUGGUGCAAUUUGUUGAAGAAACUUCUACCAAAUUUGAUUUUAUUCAAAAAAUAGCAAAAUCUCACCCUGACUCGAAUACUGACUUUUAUACUGCAUGUAGACAAGAGAGAAUAAAAGAGUAUGAAAGUAUAUUCCUAAUUUCAAAUGAGGAAACACACAAGCAAAUAUUGAUGACAAUAGGACUGGAGAACCUCUGUGAAAAUCCGUACUUCAGCAACCUUAGGCAAAAUAUGAAAGAUCUUGUCUUAGUCUUGGCAACAGUGGCUGCCAGCGUCCCUGUCUCUGGAUGCUUUGGAUUUUACAACAGUGAAUCACAGCAAACAAAUGAGACGGACCAUCAGGGUUUGCCCCAGGAAAUUGCAAGGCACUGUAUGAUACAAGCCAGACUGCUUGCAUACCGAACAGAGGAUCAUAAAACAGGAGUUGGAGCUAUUAUUUGGGCAGAAGAAAAAUCAAGAAGCUGUGAUGGAACAGGAGCAAUGUAUUUUGUAGGUUGUGGUUACAAUGCCUUUCCUGUUGGAUCUGAAUAUGCUGAUUUUCCACACAUGGAUGAUAAACAAAAAGAUCGGGAAAUCAGAAAGUUCAGAUACAUUAUACAUGCGGAGCAGAACGCCUUGACAUUCAGGUGUCGAGAAAUAAAUCCAGAUGAGAGAAGCAUGAUAUUUGUGACAAAAUGUCCAUGUGAUGAAUGUGUCCCUUUAAUCAAAGGGGCUGGUAUCAAGGAGAUCUAUGCAGGAGAUGUUGAUGCUGGAAAAAAGAAAGCAGACAUAUCCUAUAUGAAGUUUGGUGAACUUGAGGGUGUAAGCAAAUUUACAUGGCAAAAAAACCCAUUGUACACUAAUGCCCUUGAAUUCCAUGACCCCACAGCCAGGGAAAAUGGGGUCCAGAAAACCAAAUCACUAGAUGACCAGCAGCACCAAAACAAGAAAUUGUGUCUUGGUCACUACUGAAUAAUUAAGCACUUCUGCAGUCUUGCUCUGUACUUUUUAUAAUGCAGCCUGUUUGCACUUUCAAAUGAGGAAGAGUUUUAUUUAUUGUUCGGAAAGUGGUUUUUAGAAUAAGUUUAUUUAUGGUGUCUUAAAUGUUUUACAGAAUUACCUGAAGGUCUUUUUAUUUUAGAAGUUCCUGGGGAAAAAAUGCUGCUUGUAUUUUCUGUGAAAGUAACUGUGUGGCUAAUCAUUGUUCACACAUUAAAAAAAAAAAGGUACUGAAAGUUUAUUGCUGGUAGAUCAGAGCAAUAAUAAAGCAGUAUCUUUUUUUGCUCGGUGUAUGGAUUGAGGGAGUGGAUUUCUAAGGUCUGGGCUAGCAGAAUGCAGAAAUAAGCCCUACUUCUUCAACUACAAUCAUCAAGGGAAUCUUCUAGGAAAUGGUAGAUAAGUAAUCACUAGCGAUUAUUCCUGUCCUGAAAGUGGCUUUUGCUUCUCAGUCUGCUUGUACAAAGGAGACAAAGCCAUUGGGGUGGCAGUCGUUGCUAGGGAAGUGAUUUGGAGAUUGGGCUUGCCUUUCAUACAUAUCCUCUUCCAGCUACCAUAGCAGCAGAGCUGUUUUGUUGUGUGGUACUUGCAUUGCGGCUCUGUGCUUCCUCAAGCGAGUCCCAUCUGAACUAAUGUAGACAAAGAUUAGCUUUGCUUUUUCUCAGCUUCUGGAUGCAGGCCUAAAAGAAUUUGGCUGUAUGCAUCUCACUGGCCCCUACGUACGAAGUGAAGGUUGCUGGUGUUUAGGUUUUGUUAAUCUUCACUAACGGGCCUCUAGGACUACAGAAGCUAAUAAAGUGCCAGAUGUCCUGUUGUCUCUUAGAUAGGGUGGAACCAGUGGAAUAGUGCAAAUCUUUUCAGGUGCCAGUCUCUUGGAUGACUACACCUGCAGCAGUGAAACUGCAGUCUAAUGGUGUCCUAGUUUUGAGGAGGUGCUGGGUAGGUAACGGUUAACCAGAACAGAGAGUUGUACCCAGCAUCUUUUGAGAGGUCACUCUCCUUACUCCCAUCUGUUUGCUGCUUUGAGUAUGACCUCUAGCUGCUUCUUUGAGCAGAUGUUCCAAGGCUUUCUCUUGGAAGCUGUCAAGUGCAAAUUCCUGAAGUCUUUUUCUGCUGCUGCUGGUAGGAUAUAUAAACGCCCUCUUCCCAGUUCUUUCAUGCGUCUUGUCUUUGCGGCCCUCCUUAAAUUACUGGAGGGGGAAUCACGUCUAAAGAUGCUGCUGGUUGAGUGCAGCACAUGCAGAGUCAGCAGCAGAAAUCUCAUCAGGCAGCUGGCUGACCUCCCACACCACUGCUGUCUUGCUCAGCAGGGUGCAUCCAGUUUCGUUUCCCAGGACUGGGUAGUGAACGAAGGGGAAAAAUCUGACACUGUUUCUCAACUAAGGGAAGGAGGGUGAAAUCCAUUUUUGCAUCACACCACAAAAGGGUCCUUUUCCACAGUAGUAGUUCAGGAGGAAAUGGCUGAAGUGCCACUUCACCAGGUCGUGUAAUCUAGUCUGGAGGAACCUGAGUCCUGAAUUUAGGACCAGCAGAUCCAACUGCAAGAGUUCCAUGCCUCAACCGUCAGACUCAGAGUCCAGGGACUGGGGAUUAAGUUACUGGUCUGGAUACUGUACAAACCUUGGAAAGACAGUUUUUCCCUCUCGUUAAGGUUUAUCUAGUUUCAUUGUUUGUAACUUGCAUAUGAGGUUAAAGUCAAAUGUUGGUGUUUCAUAAGCAAGAUUAUAAUCUGGUUUUAAAUCAUAAAUAUUUUACUUUGGCAUAUUUCCACACACACACUUCUUGUAAGCAUCUUUUGUUAGAAUAAUUGCUCUUUGCUUUUUCUACAGAUCAGAAGAGCACUGUCCAGAUUAGAGUAAAAAGUCUGUCCCACCCACCAAAACCUUCAUGUUUCCACAAUCCAUUGGCAAUGCUGUUCUGCUUGAGGUAGAAGCAGGGAAAAGACCAGGCUGGAUGGGGCUCUGAGCAACAUUAUCUAGUUAGCGGUGUCCCUGCUCACUGCAGGGGGGUUGGACUAGAUGACCUCUACAGGUCCCUUCCAACCCAAAGCAUUCUAUGAAAAAAAAACAGGGGCAGGCCCCUUCAAGUUUUAUACUGAUCAGUCAGCUGGUAUCAGAAUCGGUAAAGAAGUCUGUGUCUUUAUAGGAACAGCUGAAAUUGAAAAGUCCCUGAAACAUCAUAGGUAGCCCCGGGGACAUGGAGAGGUAAAUCAAGAUACAAGUCAGCUAUCGCACACAUUAAAUUACUGUGCUGCAGUGAGUGCUGCUGGUAACCUGUACUUCAUGAGGAGCUAAGAUUUUUACCUUUACUUUUUAUUGUUUUUUAAAAAGAGGAUUUUUGUACAAAACUUUCCAUGAAACUUGGAGUUGCUUGUACGGCUGAAGGCUUGGAAGUCUGGCUUUGUUUCCGUCUUGCCAUAUUUCUACAGGUUCCUCCAGAGGCUCACAAAUUUCCGUAGCCUCUGAUCAUCGGUGUAACUCUACUUUUAAUUCAUGCUGGAAUUACAAAGUAGGGUCUUUAUUCUGGAUGACAGAAACAAUGUGAAUGGGGUUUCUCUCUCAGCCCAUGGACUCUGUAGGUGCUGCUGUGCAUGCCUUCUGCUUACCAGGGAGAGAUGUGGAAGAUUGGACGUCUCCUGCAGUGCUUAUUUUGCAAAUGAACUCUAGGAUGUUUGUUUCUUACAUAAAAAGAGCGAUGUAUUUAAAAUUAAGAAAUGUUAAAGUUAUAUAUUUUAUAUAUUGUAUGAAAUUUCCAUAUGCGUUUUGGUUCUUUUCCAUUCAUUUCAGAGCAGUCAUUGUAAUUGCAGGUAUUAACGAUCAGUAAUA